GUGUGAGGAGAUUGGGGAGUGGCUUCUGCUUCUGCUUCUGCUUCUGCUUCUGCUACAGCUACUGCUUCUGCUUCUGCUGCUGCUACUUUUUCUGAUCUCCACCACCGCACUUUACUUUUUCCUCCGUUUAUGCUUUUGGCCCCUAGUUCUUUCUCAUCUGAAACCCUCGUUGUGGAGCGAAAGGAACACGGAAUCGACCGAGGGAUCCGGCGAUCUGCUUCCCCGCUCUUCGUCUCCGAGCUAGGGUUAGGGUUUCGGGGAGGAGUUUGGGGGGAGAGGAGAGGGAUGGGGAACGCGUCGGCGGAGGAGGAGGAGGAGGAGGAGGAGGAGGAGGAGGUCUCCGACCGGUGCGGGAGCUACAGCCCCAGCGCCGACGUGAGCGAGUCGGAGACCUCCAGCGAGUGCUCCGCGGCGCGGCGCUACGCCGCCGCGGGCGCCUCCAGCUCCUUCGCCUCGUCCCCGCUCGCCGCGACGUCGUCGUCGGCGGCGGCGGCGGUGGUGAGGGGGCUCGGCGGCGGCGGCGGCGGCGGCGGCGGGGGUGUAGUGUUCUGGGAGGGGAAGCUCGAGAAGCGGGAGAAGGGGCUCUCUGAGCUGGAGAUGAUGAAGGAGCGGUUCGCGAAGCUCCUCCUCGGGGAGGACAUGUCCGGGGGCGGAAAGGGUGUCUGCACCGCCCUCGCGAUCUCAAAUGCCAUCACAAAUCUCUCAGCUACUGUGUUUGGGGAAUUGUGGAGGCUCGAGCCCCUGGCUCCGCAGAAGAAGGCAAUGUGGCAAAGAGAGAUGGAGUGGCUCCUUUGCGUUAGCGAUUCGAUCGUAGAACUCGUCCCCUCCUUGCAAGAAUUCCCCGGCGGAGGGACGUUUGAGGUGAUGGUCCCUCGCCCUCGCACCGAUCUCCACAUGAACCUCCCGGCGCUCAAGAAGCUCGAUGCGAUGCUUCUCGGAAUGCUGGAUGGGUUCCGCGAGACCGAAUUCUGGUAUGUGGAUAGGGGGAUUUUGGUUGCAGAUGCUGAUGAUGACGGGAGUGGUGCCUACCCGUCUUCUUCGUUCGGUAGGCCUUCCUUGCGGCAGGAAGAGAAAUGGUGGCUCCCGUGCCCGCGGGUCCCGUCGAAAGGGCUCUCCGAGGAUUCGAGGAAGAAGCUGCAGCAGUGUAGGGAUUGUGCUAAUCAGAUACUGAAGGCGGCGAUGGCGAUUAACAGUGCGGUGCUGGCCGAGAUGGAAAUCCCUGAUGCUUACUUGGAGACAUUGCCCAAGAAUGGUAAGUCCUGCUUAGGCGAGAUCAUCUAUCGGUAUAUAACCGCAGAUCAAUUUUCACCAGAAUGUCUUCUUGAUUGCUUGGACCUUUCAUCUGAGCACCACACACUGGAGAUAGCAAACAGGAUUGAGGCAGCUGUACAUGUUUGGAGGAUGAAAGACGAAAAGAAGCAUCCGCAAUCAAAAGCAAAGAAGUCAUCAUGGGGUGGAAAGGUGAAGGGUCUUGUCUCUGCUACUGAAAGGAGUCAACUUUUGGUGCAGCGGGCUGAGGGCCUUCUGCAGAGCUUAAGACUACGAUACCCUGGUCUCCCUCAGACUGUCCUGGACAUGAACAAGAUCCAGUAUAACAAGGAUGUUGGACAGUCCAUCCUAGAAAGUUACUCGAGGGUCAUGGAGAGUUUGGCGUUCAACAUAAUAGCAAGGAUCGACGAUUUGAUCUUCGUUGAUGAUGCUACAAAGAGGUCCGCAGCUGAAGAAGGGAUCUCGAUAUUCAGCCGAGGAUUAGGAGGGCUCCCCAUUCAGAAAAGGAUCUCUCCUAGCCCCUUCUCGAUUCAGAACACCCCCUACGCUUCGCCAUUUGCCACACCAACGUACUGUGCAUCCACUCCCGUUACCGGAAGCCCUGGAAGAGUGCAACCUUCGAUAAGUAAGCGAAGUUUCCGGGGAGUACAAGAUGCAAAGGGGGCGAAGCUCAUUUCCAGUGAGUUGGAUAAGAUGUGGUCGUAUACCGGAAACCUCAGUGCCAGAAAGGAUGCAGGAGAUGCCCCCGAGAGGGAUUGAUUGAUCUGGUGGACUAUUUUAUCGCAUAUGUUAUCAGAGGCGGCGGCGGCGGGCGGUGUAUCCUUGUGUAGAAAUAACCUAUUUCGAGUUUUGUUAUUUAAUCGGGUGGAGUAAGGAUCCUGUUAAUGUCUUCUUCUUCUUCUUCUUCUUCUUCUUCCUGUUGUUGAUGGAACAGCGUAGCUCAACUUGUUGCUUUUUGAAUCUGUUGUUCAAAGGCUACCUCUUUCCCCUGUUCAUAUUGGCCUAUGUGAGCUAAAAACAAUAUUUUCACUUCCAUCUUUUAACAUAAGAAUUUAUGCCA